CGCAGAGCGGAGCAGAGCGGCUGGGAGCGCAAGGGACUCGGGAGGGAGCACCGGCGCGGGCCAGGCUCGCCCACCGCCCAGCCCCUCUGCCCUCGCCUCGCCCCGAAACCCCCGAUUUAGCCGAAGGAAGGAGGCAAGGGGAACUCUCUCCCCUCCCCUUCGGAAAGAUAAAGUAAAGCUUUCGCAGCCCGGAGCGCCCCGGGCGCCAGUGGCCUCCUGGCUGGCCAUGGAGCUAUUGUGCUGCGAGGUGGACCCCGUGCGCAGGGCCGUGCCGGACCGCAGCCUGCUGGACGACCGCGUCCUGCAGAACUUACUCACCAUCGAGGAGCGCUACCUGCCGCAGUGCUCCUACUUCAAGUGCGUGCAGAAGGACAUCCAGCCCUACAUGCGCAGGAUGGUGGCCACCUGGAUGCUGGAGGUCUGCGAAGAGCAGAAGUGUGAAGAGGAAGUCUUCCCUCUGGCCAUGAAUUACCUGGACCGCUUCCUGGCCGGGGUCCCCACCCCGAAGACUCACCUGCAGCUGCUGGGUGCCGUGUGCAUGUUCUUGGCUUCCAAGCUCAAGGAGACCAUCCCGCUCACCGCAGAGAAGCUGUGCAUCUACACCGACAACUCCAUCAAGCCCCAGGAGCUGCUGGAGUGGGAGCUGGUGGUGCUGGGCAAGUUGAAGUGGAACCUGGCUGCUGUCACCCCACAUGACUUCAUCGAGCACAUCCUUCGCAAGCUGCCCCAGCAGCGGGAGAAGCUGCCGCUGAUCCGCAAGCAUACGCAGACCUUCAUCGCUCUGUGUGCCACUGACUUUAAGUUCGCCAUGUACCCGCCGUCGAUGAUUGCAACUGGAAGCGUGGGAGCGGCCAUCUGUGGGCUGCAGCAGGACGAGGAAGUGAGCUCUCUCACCUGCGAUGCGCUGACCGAGCUGCUGGCCAAGAUCACCAACACUGACGUGGAUUGUCUCAAAGCCUGCCAGGAGCAGAUCGAAGCCGUGCUGCUCAACAGCCUGCAGCAGUUCCGUCAGGAGCAGCGCGAUGGAUCCAAGUCGGAGGACGAACUGGACCAGGCCACCACGCCCACCGACGUGCGGGACAUCAACCUGUGAGGAUGCUGCGGGCACGGGCGCCAUCCGCUCUCGCCUCCUUCUGAUUAUGUUUGGUUCUUUUGUGUUUUAGGAUGAAACUUUAAAAAAAAUUAUGCCCCCACCUAGAUCAUAUUUAAAGAUCUUUUAGAAGUGAGAGAAAAAGGUCCUAUAAAAACAAUAAUUAAAAGCUUUUGGUGCCUAUUCAAAGUACAACAUAAGGGAAUCCCUUGUAUAUUCAAAGUUACUGUUUGAUUAUAUAAAAGUAAUAGUAAAGUGCAUCAAGAAAACCUGCAGAGUAGCUAGGAGAUAUGUACACCUGCAAUAUGGGAACCAGUUAGAGGAGAGACUGUUUUUGAUGUCGUGAACUAGCACCUAGGCCCCUUUUAGAAUAAUUGCAAGAAAUGUAUAUGCCAUCUAUGGCAAGAGUAGAUUGCAAAGCAAUGGACUCAAGAAGGAAUUAGAAACAAGGAGGGACUUGGGGGGGAGGGGUGCAAACAGUCUGCCCACGUGACUGAGCCAUUCUCGUGCAGAAGCACCUCCCUGCUUCCUGCCCAGCCGCGUGUACUAGGCAGGCGUUGAGGUCUCGCCGGGGGUCUGUGUGUUUGUACCUGUGCUGCAGUAGCUGCUACCUAGGAGAUGUUGCAUUUUACCAGGGGCCCAUAGGCAACUGGCUCCUGGGUCUCACGUUUGGUGACUCCCUUCUUCUUCCAAGCAUGGUUCAUUGCAGACACUGCUGCCGUGUUGUUAGCAAGGGGGGAAUUUAGCUAUGGGCCGUGGCCAAAACUCAUCUGAAAUGGAGGCAGGCAGAAACCGAGGCUGGACCUGGAGUAGAAUCUCCUUUUCUGUCAAAGAGGGUGAGGUGGAAUCCUUGAUUAGGAAGUAAUUACUUUUUGGUGCUGAUCGGUGUCUGGCCCACAGUUUAGCAUUGUUAUAAACCAUUCCAUUCGAAAAAGCACUUUGAAGAAUUGUUCCCAAGGGGUAGAUGGGAUGGUUUAUGCAAAGCACGCUGAAUACUCCUUCCCUCUACUCUUUGUCCCUUUGCUUCUUGCCCCCAGUCUGGUUUUGUUCACUUCUGGAAUCUGAGCUCUCUGGUACAGAGCCUUGGUGUCCCUACCAGGGCUAAGAGAUGACCUUGUGGCUGACCUUCCUGUCUCAACAUUCCUUGGAAAUAACGCCUCCAGCAGCUCUGUUACCUUUGUCAUGCAUGGAAGGAUCUGAACUCCAUCCGUGGCCUUCUCCUUGGGACACGGAAAGAACAGUUAUUGCUGGUGCCAACAGACGGCUGAACAGCAGGGUGUGGCACUUUGUCCCCUUUCUGGUUUUUGUUCAUUUUACUGCAAAGUUGUAUUCAGCGUACUUGAAUUUCCUUUUUCUCUCCACUUCUUAGAGGCAUUCAGUUAGAGGGUGGAGCCACAAUUUUUUUUUUUUUUUGCACAAUGGUAAUUGACAGGUAAUGAAGCUAUUUGUUAAAAUACUUGCUUUUUUUAAGUAAAAAAAGAAAAAUCACAACAGUGCUACUUUGAAGAGUUGUUUUAUAUGCAGAUUCUGCCUUGUUUCAUGGUGUGAGGUUGAAGAUGGAGAAACAUCCAAGGGACUCUUCUCUUUCAUUUUAUUUUGUUCAGUUUAUUAUUGUUAUUUUUUGCGCUGCUAAGAGGCUAAGAUCAUUCAUCCUUAUUCACGUUAACAGUACCUAGCUGUAAUGUUCACAGAGUGUGCUGCUAUUUUAUAAACAUUUUUAUAAUAUAUUAUUUUACUGCUUAAAUUCAAGUCCUGAAGUAGAUGGUUAAGAUAUGAGUUCUUUGUACUGGAAAAGCCCUUCCAUAGUUUGUUUUCUUCUAGUAGCAUAUUCAUGGUUUUUCUUCAGUUUUUUUUCUUUUUGGUUCUUCUGUUUUUGUUUUUCCCUCUGAUAACAUUCUUCAAAGACAGUGUUCUUUGCCUCAGGUUUACUGGACAGAAUCAAUACUACGAGGACAGUGGUUCACAGUUUCGUUUUCCUAUACCUCACCGACAUGCAGUGCUACGUAGGAGCAUGCCCGGCAGGAGCAGAGCAGGCACAGCUGGGCACCCUCUCCUGGGAAGCGGGGCGUUUGCCGCGGGUCUCACACACAGGGCCCUCUUAGGACCUGAAGGUCACGGGCUCACUGACUCCGGUCCUCAUCAUGAUGGAGAAAUGCACCGAGCAGGCGCCUCCCUCCCCUGCAAGCGCACGCGCACACUUUCCCGUGACGCCCACACCCCAUGGUGGGUCGGAAGCUGUGGUGCCCAUGCGGCCCCAGUACCAGGAAGCCUCGAGGAGAGCUGGGCAGGCUGGCGGGACAGCGCUGUCCUCUCACCUGCGGUCCAGUGCCUCGUGCUGCGUAGGGCCCCUUCGCCCUCGAGGCGCCUGCCUCUGUUUGCACCCUGCCCAAGCGUGGAGUCCUGGGGUUCCUUCUCCUUCAGGUCUGCAGCCCGGGGGAGGACAGGGAGUGGGAUGGGCUUGGAGCAGGGGAGGUGCUGCCCAGCCGUCUCCCUGAGGGCGUGGGCUCAGGACCUCCAGUCAGUGCCACCCUAAAAUGCGGAGGAGUUUCCCGUGGGGCAGUGAAAGAGGAGAGAUGAGCAGCGGGUGAGCUAGGAAAGCCCGAGUCCUUGGGAGACUGGCAGCCCGAGAGAACACGGGGCCCAUCACUGAGCAGCAGCCAGCCCUUGAGUGUGAGCAGAAGCGGCAGACACAGGAACCUGACGGGGAGAGGGGCCAGGUGCUGCGGGGUAACGGUCCACUGACCCUGGGGCCCAGCUGACCCUGCACGCUGUUCUGUCCUGUCCCCAGGGCAGAGCUGCCUGGCUUUGGUGCUGCUCCCUGCUUGUGCAGGAGAGGGAAUCCUGGGUCUCAAGUGAUCAGUGCCCUCUCCCCGAGCCCACCCUCUUCGGUAGGAGUUUUCAUCCCAGAGGGGCUCGGCUCCCCAUGGAUCUGGACUUGCUCUUCUUUUUUCUUCUGUUGCUCCCCUCCCCUCCUUACCUCCCACAGAAGUGAUUACAGUUUUAUUCUGGCCUUUUUCUGUCUUUUUGUCUCGCUCUUCUUUAUUUUCUCCAUUUGUCUUUCUCUGUUAGUGGGGCCUGAGUUGUUCCCCCAGCCUGCCAAAUUUGGUCCUUCCCCUGUUUUAACCAAAUCCUUGGGGAAAGAAAUCCUAGUAUGCCAAAAAUACGUGCUCAGCAUAAGAAAAUUCCUUGCAGGUUCAGGAAAGCCAGGGAGCCAGCAGGAGGCCGAGGGGCAGUUCCCUGGGCCAGGCCUUGGUGGUGGUGGCUCUGUGUGGCCACCUCUCGUCCACUUGCCCGGGAGCCCAGCUCUUUUCCACUUCUGGCCACUCGGCACUGCUGGCAGCAGGGGCAACUCCUCAGCAGGAGCUCGGCAGCUUUCCUGCCAUCCGGGUCUCUGCAGAGGGUCCUAGAGGUCUGGGACUGGCGGGGAAGAUGGGAGGACUCUCCCAAGUGGGCAGGGUUGGCGGACUGCUCAGAGGGCGGGGGCUUUUCCUCCCCGUGGCCCAUGGGGACAGGGCUGGCUGGGAAAGAAGUAGACUUGCACCUUAUGUCCUGUAAAUACUGAUUUCUAGUUCAAGAAGGUAAUGUUGGUAGGGUGGGAACUGGAGGGGGAGGAGGAGUCUGAGUCAGCCAGUUGGCUCUGAACCCAGAAGGGCUCCUCUGUCUUCAAGACGGACUAACGUGGGGAGCAGCUGUAAAGGGAGGUUGAGGCCAAGGCAGUGAAGCCCCCAGAGCCAGCAGACCUCCAGAGUGGUGAGCACGCAGCUCCUGUUGGGGGAGACUCAGCAGCUUCCGAGCGCUGAGCACGCAUUCACCAAAGCCAUAGUGGCCUGGCUCGCCUGGGACUCCGAUGACGCAGGGGUCACGGCGGCCAGAACGGUUCUCCUCACCGGUGGUCUCUGCUCUUUAGACCUGGCUGGGCUCUCGGACCCUGUUCUCGCUCAGGUUUCAAAGCCAUCGGCAAAGGUGUGUGUGUGCCCGGAGCCGCAGCCCACUCUGGGAAGAAGUGCCUUACAGACUGGCCACGACCGUGUCCGUGACCAAGUCCGCUGUGGUUUGGCAGGUGCCUGUCCUUGGGAAAGAGAGGUUUCUCCGAUUUUUAAUUGGUUGUAGUUCUUCCUGCUGGCUACCCAGACAUCCGGCAGAUCACCAGGCUACAUUCAUUCCCCUGUGUCAUGUACCUCAGAUCUCUCUCUCUGUUAGUUUCUCGUUUUGGAUUUUUUUUCUCCUUCUUUUUAAAUUUGCUUUAAAACAAGUGUGAUGCCAUAUCAAGUCAAUGUUAUUCUCUCACAGUGUACUCUGUAAGAGGUGUGGGUGUUUAUUUGGUCGGGAUGCUAGCAAGUGCUAAAGUAGCAUGAUCCGUGCGAGCAGAAGGGUUUUUAGGAAGUAAGGAAAAAAUGUUGUAUUGGCUUUGAUGGUGAUGAAAUGUAGUCAGCUGCCUUCAAAGAGGUUUUAUCUGGUCAGUGUUGCGUCAUUUUCAAAAGUAAUAACCUGUUCUGACAAGUGAAGAUGGAUUUGCAAAGGGUGUUGAAUGCAAUUAGGUUAUGCUAUUUGGACAAUAAACUCACCUUGACCUAA